AGUUUGGAGGGGGAGCUCCUGUCACUGCGGGCCCCGGGGCCAGGCCCCGCCGGCCCGACCCCUGGGUCAAAGGUCAGCCGGCCACUCUGCCAUUACCGCAACUCAUCAGCUUCCUGCAAACAUCAGGCGAAGAGUGCUGGAUAUUUAAUUGUGGCAAGUAACCACAAUCAAAGGAUGGCGCCAGCAAGCGGCCUCCUCCCUCGUCUCCCUCCGAGUCCUUGCACACCAAUCUCGUCAUCCCAGAGGUUCAAAGAUGAAGAUAUCAGGAUGUCCAAAGCAGCAGAGGAGGAGAAGCCUGGGGCUGACUAUCCGGGGGACAGUUCAGACUCUGACAGAAACAGCCCUGAUGACCAGGUCCAGCCAAUGAAAACCAGUCCAUUCAGCCUCUCUCCCACACCAGCUGGCACCAAGGUGAAGAGUGAGGAGAGAUCUGAGAUGGCCCAUAGCACCGCUGCUCCUCCUGCUCCUCCAUCCCAACAGCAGCAACAGACCCAACACCACCACACACAGCUGAUGCUCGCUGGCAGUCAGCUGGCAGGGCUUGCCGCUCUCCUCCCGGCUCAGCAGCAGCUGCUCCUCCAACAGGCUCAGGCUCAGCUCCUGGCAGCUGCAGUUCAGCAGUCAAACGCCGCCCACGCCGCUCACGCCGCCCACGCCGCCGCGCAACAGCAAGCCAACCAGCAACAGCAGCAGCAACAGAAUCAGUCACAAGCCCAGCAGCAGCAACAGCCAGCCAAACAGGAACAAACUGUCCAAGCCCCGCCCCCUCCGCAGCUGGCCCUGUCACAGCCGAUCCAGCUCACAGCCCAGGACAUCCAGCAGCUGUUGCAGCUCCAGCAGCUGGUUUUGAUGCCAGGUCAUCCUCUCCAGUCUCCUGCCCAGUUCCUCCUGUCUCAGCCAGCACAGGCGCAGCAGCCACAGCAGGGUUUGCUCUCAACACCAAAUCUGAUCCAGCUACCUCAGCAAAGCCCAGGUGGACUACUGACAACCCCACCUCGCCUGGGACUCCAAGCACAGAGGGAGAAGAACAGCGAUGUUGUGGUUGGUGGAAGCGGAAGCGGCGGCGGCGCUCCUGUAGUCGCCCCCGGCAGCAGCAGCAUUGGAGUCGUGACGUCUGUAGGAGCUACCCCAGCGUCCAGCAGUGCCAUGGCUUCCUCGCUGACAUCCAGUCUGGCCCCUGGAGGUCACGGCGGUCACAUGGGGGAGGAGCCCAGCGACUUGGAGGAGCUGGAGCAGUUUGCCCGCACAUUCAAACAACGACGCAUCAAGCUGGGAUUCACCCAGGGUGACGUCGGCGUGGCUAUGGGCAAGCUGUAUGGCAACGACUUCAGUCAGACCACCAUCUCCCGGUUUGAAGCCCUGAACCUGAGCUUUAAGAACAUGUGCAAGCUGAAACCACUGCUCGAGAAGUGGCUGAGUGAUGCAGAAACCAUGGCAGUGGACAGCAUGCUGCCCAGCCCGUCUUCUCUCUCCAGCCCCAUGUUGGGCCUCGAGGGAAUACCCGGCCGACGCAGGAAGAAGCGGACCAGCAUCGAGACCAACGUGCGAGUGGUUUUAGAGCGCAACUUCAACACGAACCAGAAGCCUACCUCAGAGGAGAUCCUGCUCAUGGCAGAGCAGCUCAACAUGGAGAAGGAGGUGAUUCGUGUUUGGUUCUGCAACCGCAGGCAGAAAGAGAAACGCAUCAACCCCUCCAGCAGCACCACCCCUCCCCUGCCCAGCCAGACCUCGCCUGUUGUGACGCACAAAGCCUCCUGCUACAGCCCGCACAUGAUAUCGAGUCACGGUCUGUCCCAGGUCACCACCAGCCUCAGCACAACAGCCGCCAGUUCGUCACCUUCAGCAUCCUGCCCGAUGACUCCUGUCAGCUCAGCUGCAGUAGGCUCCACCUCUUCUGCUGUGAGCCCACCCCCUCAUAGCACAGCCAGCCCCACCCCAUCCAACCUCGGGGCCCACGGGCUGAACACUGGGAACACAAUGAUGGGAGUAAGCACAGCGAUGAACCAGGCCCUCAUUGGCGGCAAUCCCCUGGCUACCAUGAAAGCCCUGGCGGCCAGCAGCGGUCAGCUGCCCAUCUCCAGCCUUGAGGGGGCAGCAGGUCACAUGCUUCUGGGUGGCCCUGGGGGUCCCGCUGUCCCUCCUUCCCUGCGCCCGUCCCUGUUCCUCAACCGUCCCACCCUCCUCCCUAUGGUGACCGGUUCCAUGGCAACAGCAUCCACACCUGCCAUGGGACUGGUCAGUGGUGGCAUCAGCAGCGGUGGUGGGUGUGGCCCAAGGCCCCCUUUCUCCCAGUCUCCGCCCCCCGGAGCCGGUGGUCUAAUGAGCCCGACCUCGUGCCCCGAGGAGUCUGCGUCUCCUUGUUCGAGUCCCGCCUCUUUCUGUUCCUUCAGUGAAGCCUCGCCGCCACCCCUGGGAGGGGCCAUGGCCGAGUGAUCCCUGACUGACAGCCAAAGUAUCCUAUCAGCGGAGAACGAGGAGGAGGAAGACCUGGAGGAAGCAGAGCGUCAAAGGAGCUUUAAAAAUCUAAAUUUACAACCCUGCCUUUCAACCAAAGCCAUCUCUCUGUCUGAUCCAUCUCUGAUUUCGUCUCUCUCUUUCUGUGUCUCCCCUCUGAAGUCUUCUGAAGCCAAAAAUAUACACAGAUGGAUGAAGGGAGGAAGCAAAGAGAGAGGAAGGAUGGAGAGGAUAGAGAGAACUGCAGAACAGAGGGGGGGAAUUUGAAACCAAAUAAUGAUCUACAGCUGGAGAAAUGGCACUGAGGAGUGUUUUUGCUUGGCAUCGGGAAAGGAACGCCAUGCUUUUUUUCGGUUGGAGAAAAAAUAAACUCGCUGAGGGCAGGGAUGAGAAGCGAAACUGUGUGUGUCAAAUGGGAGGCAAAAGGAAAAGACUUGUUUAACAAGCUUGGAAGGAAAGACACGUGGUUGCAACCAAAUUUUAAAAAAAGGGAAGAAAAGAUGCGAGAAGAGACACACACACACUUACAAAGAUGAAAACCAAAAUCUCCAAAUACCAAAAACUGAAAACCAAAAAAGACAAAAAAACAAAAAAAACCAACAAACGGAGAGAAAAGCUUUAGUUCAAAAGACUUUUGCAUUCUGAUCUGUCCAGGAUCAGUUCAGCACUCCAUUCUACUUCAUGCCAAACAUUUUCCAUCUCAGUCAAGAUUUUCAUUAUUCUCAUUUUCAGUUAAAGAAACAUAUUUUUCUAUUAUUUUAUAUUCGUCACUCUUUAUGGUACUUCUUGCCAAAUGCGUCAGUUUAACGUUUCACAGCUGAUCCCACAUGCAGGAUAUCUACCUACCUCUUUACAGCUUUACAGUGUGUACCUACUAUACAUUGGAACAGACAGUGUUUGUUUUAACCAGCCUGGAGUGGCAGACGGGUGGGGUUUACUACUAUAAUUAGUAUAGCAUCAGGUAAGAUGCCAAUCCAUACAUGCUGUCGUGCAAGAAUAACUUUGAAAAGCUUUGCCUGAGCUUUCUGGUAUUCAUUAAGUACUAUUUUGUGGCAAAACACACCCUUCUGGCACGUACAUACAAUGAAACCAAACAUACGUGUAGGAAAUUCCACUUUUGAGCCAGGUACAAAGGAAAAAAAAUGUUGUCUAGCUGUUAAUGCCAGUUUUAAAGAUCCCCAGUGAUUUUUUUUUUUCAGGAUUAUAUUUUGUUCAAAAAGAGCAUUUCAUCAUCAUCAUCAUCAUCAUCAUCAUCAGUAGUAUCCUUGUUGUUUCUUUAAUGUUUGCUCAACUCACAUUAAAGUAUUUGAACUGCUUACAAAGAGGAUACACACACGUUCACCACAGGCAGAUGGGGACGCUCUUAGGAUUUUUCCAGCAUUAUUUGCCUCUUCUUUUAUUUAUUAUCACCCCAUACACACCCAUAGCAUCAGCAUGUCAUCUCUCAGACUGCUCAUCCACCGCCAGACAGUCACUCUUGGAUACCAAAGCAUCGCCUCUGGCUGCGUUGUCUCCGGAUUCGCCCGGGAGACGAGUGUCCAGACAAAACCUCAGCAGUGUCAAAGGAAAACACACACACAUACACAAACAAGAAUAAGAAAGAGUCCAAACCAAAAAAAAAACAAAAAAGAACAAAAGGAAGAGGUGAAGCACCGGCGUUCCCCUUACUGCCCCCAAACCCCUGCCCUCCAUCCCUCCCUCCCAUCUGCCCCUCUCCUUUGUCUCCAAAGACCAGAUCAAAGGGCCAAAAGAAAAGAGGAGAAGAAGCAGAAGAGAAGGAGAAGCAGUCAGAAGCGGAGGAGCCAAAGGUGUGAAAAGCUGCAGGGGGGGGGGGCAAGAAGAAGAAGAAGAAGAAGAGCAGAAGAAGGAGGAAGAGGAGCAGGAGGAGGUGCGCUCGAAGCGGCGGACCAAAAAACCAAAAAGUAACCCAAAACCAAAAGCUACUACUGCUACUAGUUAUUGUAUGAGUGACUGAACCGUAACUAAACCAAAUACAAACAAAGAGGGGGAGGGCGAGGGGAGGAAAGGGGCGAGUCAAGGCCCUGUCUGUCUGUCUGUCCGUCUGUAGCUGUGAUUGCCGUUCUCAUAUCGACAGACGGAAACCGUUCCCUCCCACCCUCUGCCAGCGACCUCGGCUUUGUUCUCACUUUCUUUUUCCUGGAUGGAUAAAAUAUGGAAUGACCUCAACAAA